AUGCCUCUCGUUCUUGUGAUGGGCGUCAUCGAAAAUGGCAUCCCUGAGCCAGUUCGACAACAUGGCCGCGCCAUCAUCUACACCAUCCUCGCUCUGGCCUUCCUCACCCUUCUCAAGGUGUACAUGUCCGGCCGAAAGAACCCUUCAGAACGUCUUCUCCACGGCAAAGUCGUCCUAUUAACAGGCGGAACGUCGGGCAUCGGUGCCCAGACGGCUCUCCAACUCGCCUCUCGCGGCGCGCAGCUGGUUCUGCUCACGCAAACUCCUGCCUCCGACCCGUUCCUCGUCGAAUAUAUCCAAGACCUACGCGAAAGGACCAAGAAUCAGCUCAUCUAUGCCGAGCAGGUCGAUUUGUCGAGUUUCUACAGCAUUCGCAAGUUUGCGACGAAAUGGAUCGACAAUGCGCCGCCGCGACGGUUGGAUAUGGUUAUUCUGUGCGCCGCUGCCAUGACGGCACCUGGCGGGAAGAGAAAGGAGUCUGAGGAGGGGAUUGAGGAGACUUGGAUGGUCAACUUCUUGGCCAACUUUCACCUGCUGGGUAUUCUCAGCCCUGCACUCCGAGCUCAACCCAUCGAUCGAGACGUCCGAGUUAUUAUCCCGACAUGCUCCUCCUACAUUGGUUCGCCCUCGUUGAAGAAGACGGUUUCCAAGGAGAACUGGACUCCAGGAACAGCCUAUGCGCGCAGUAAGCUUGCCAUGAACGUCUUUGGCCAGGCCUUCCAGAAGCACCUCGACGCCUACGAACGACCCGAUAAGCUUCCCAACAACGCUCGUGUGAUCUUUGUCGACCCCGGUCUUGCUCGCACACCAAGCACUCGCCGUUGGUUGACACGUGGUUCCCUCUGGGGUCUUGCUAUCUACCUUGCCGGCUACAUUUUGCCCUGGUUCCUCCUGAAGUCUCCUCAAAUGGCCGCCCAGUCCAUCCUUUACGCUGCUAUGGAUAACCAAUUUGCUCGAGGCGCCGGUGGAAAGCUCAUCAAGGAGUGCAUGGAAGUGGACUUUGCGCGUAGUGAAGUCAAGGAUGAGGAGGUGGCCAAGAAGCUGUGGGAGGAAAGUGAUGCUUUGAUUGAAAAGGUGGAAAAGAUCCAGGCCAAGAAGAGGGCUGCCCAGAAGGCAGCGGACGAGAAGAAGGCAAAGGAGAAGAGUGAAAAGGAAAAGAAGGAAGAGAUUGAGGAGUUGGUGGGUGCUAUCAAGAAGGGCAAAGAGAAGGAGAAGAAGGCAGCUGGGAAGAAAAAGACCAAGUCAAAAUAG